AUGGGCUCUUUCUAUAUGCGACACAUUUGGUGUCACACACAACAACAAUCCCAGCAAUCACACACACUCCCAUGGCUUGUAAAUUACAAAGUGGUCCCUAUAAGUUAUGCUAAUUACCCUAUCAAACCCCGCCAGCUAAGUGCUCUAAAACGACUUCCAGCCAACGUGGCAUUCUCUAAUGUUCCUUGGAAGCUUGUUCUUAAUGGGAGAAAGAUGCUGGGGCUGCUUCCUGAGAUGCGGCAUGUAAAAGCAAA